CAACAAUACAGACACUUCUGUGUUCUAUGCUUUUAGAUGAUGCCUUCAGUGAUGCCUACACUGAGCAGAUACACAGGAAAUAUUGGCUGACGUGGGAAAGGCUCCAGCCGCUGCCACACCUCCAUCACCUUAAGCAAGGUUGUGGUUUUGGACACGUAACCCGACACAUUCAGACAUAAAAGCCUCGAUCGGACCCCGCCAAGUCUAGACUGUCAGUCAAGAUGAGGGGGCUGCUCGCACUUACCGUGCUGUUCGUGGCCGUUAUCGGCAAGGAGACUUUUGAGGGGCAUCAGGUUCUUCGUAUGUAUGCACAGAAUGAAGACCAGCUGGCUCUUAUCAACAACCUGGAGGACAUCCACGAGUUUGAGGUGGAUUUCUGGAGGGGAGUGACAGAUGUUAGAACCCCUGUGGAUGUUAGAGUUCCCUCCCACACCCUGCAGUCCGUCAAAAUUCACCUGGAGAGUAACGCCAUCGAUUACUCCAUCAUGAUCGGAGACCUUCAGGCGAUGCUGGAUGAGGAGCAGACGGAGAUGGUCUCUGCUGCUCGUGUUCGUGAGCCCAAAAACGCUGACAGCUACGACUAUGCCAGGUACCACCCCAUCAACGAGAUCUACAGUUUCCAGGACAUGCUGGUGGCUGAGAAUCCCAAAUUGGUCAGCAAGAUUGUGAUCGGCAAGAGCUACGAGGGUCGUCCCCUGAAUGUGCUCAAGUUCAGCACCGGAGGAACCAACCGUCCCGCCAUCUGGAUCGACACUGGAAUCCACGCCAGAGAGUGGGUCACUCAGGCCAGCGGCACCUGGUUCGCCAAAAAGAUUGUUGAUGAUUACGGACGUGACACCGCUCUCACCGCCAUCCUCAACAAGAUGGACAUCUUCCUGGAAAUCGUGACCAACCCCGAUGGCUACUACUUCACCCACACCAGCAACCGUAUGUGGCGUAAGACCAGGAAGCCCAACCCCGGCUCCAGCUGCAUUGGAGUCGAUCCCAACAGGAACUGGGAUGCUGGUUUCGGAGAAGCUGGUGCCAGCGAUAAACCCUGCGCAGAGACCUACCGUGGACCCAAAGCUAACUCUGAGUCUGAGGUCAAGUCCAUUGUGGACUUUGUGAAGUCCCACGGUAACAUCAAGGCCUUCGUCUCAAUCCACGCCUACUCCCAGAUGCUCCUGUACCCCUACGGCUACAUGAAGACUCCAUGCAAGGACGACACCGAGCUGCACUCACUGGCUAAGAAGGCUAUCACCGACCUGGCCUCCCUGUACGGUACUAGCUACAGAUACGGCAGCAUCAUCAAGACCAUCUACCAAGCUAGCGGUGGCACCAUCGACUGGACCUACAACCAGGGCAUCAAGUACUCCUACACCUUCGAGCUGAGGGACACCGGUCGCUACGGUUUCAUCCUGCCAGCCAAUCAGAUCAUCCCUACCGCCACUGAGACCUGGCUGGCUCUGAUGACCAUCAUGGACCACACCUACAAGAACCCCUACUAAAGUGUGUGUGUGUGUGAUUCUGUGUGUGUACAAGUGGAACUCCCCAAGUUCCCGAGAAUAAAGUUGGCAAAUGUCACCUUUAAAAUGUCAUCUUGAAGACUAAUAUCACCAUCAUCAUGAGUCUUUAGACAAAUUAAAGUCACAAACAAACGAAUAAAUGAGCACACUUAAAAACUGCAGUUUCUAUUUCUUUUUUAUUUAAAGCUAAUGGGUUGAAUACAUGUUUACGCACAUAUUUGUCUGCAUUAUGUAAUUGUUAAGACUAUCAUGAUCCAAAUAUAUAUUUCUUUCUCA